AUGGGGCAUCCUCUUCUCCCAUCCGAGGGACUUCACGCCCGUCUGCACCACAGAGCUUGGCCGGGCGGCGAAGCUGGCGUCCGAGUUCAGCAAGCGCAACGUGAAGAUGAUUGCGCUCUCCAUUGACAGCGUCCCAGACCACCUCUCCUGGAGCAAGGACAUCAACGCAUACAACGGGGAACAACCCGAGGAGAAACUCCCCUUCCCCAUCAUUGCUGAUGCAAACCGGGAGCUCGCUGUCAAGUUGGGCAUGCUGGACCCAGAUGAGCGGGACAAGGACGGCAUGCCCCUGACUGCUCGCGUGGUGUUUGUUUUUGGCCCGGAUAAGAAGCUGAAACUCUCUAUCCUGUACCCAGCCACCACUGGGAGAAACUUUGAUGAGAUCCUGAGAGUGGUGGACUCCCUGCAGCUGACGGCGUACAAGAAGGUUGCUACCCCUGUGGACUGGAAGCCUGGUGACAGCGUCAUGGUCGUGCCCACCUUACCUGACGAGGAAGCCAAGAAGCUCUUUCCCAAAGGAGUCUUCACAAAAGACCUCCCUUCAGGCAAGAAGUACCUGCGUUACACCCCACAGCCGGAGUGAGCGUGCCUGCCUGUCCGCCCCGCCGGGCUGCAGGUCAUUUGGCAUCGGGAGCCUUCCCCGUGCCCAGCUCCUGCCUCCC